CACCGGUGACGUGCGCUGAGCGGAGAGGCAAGAUGGCUACAUCGGCUUGGCUGCGUGGCCCAUCUGCUAUGCGCCUGACGGAGGGUUUGGUGUCGGUUCUUAAAGAACAGCGUCCGGAGUAUAUACCGGCUCUGUUAACCAGCUACAGGGAGCAUGGCGUGUUCCCGACGCAGAGCGCGAGCGCCGUCGGUGGGCUCGUGGGCUUCAGCAAUGCCAAACUCGGCUCGAGCAAAACGAGGUUUGAGGGGCUCUGCCUGCUCUCCAUGCUGGUUAAGGACAGCUCCAGCGAUCUGUUCCAGCAACACUGUCUCUCCUGGCUGCGCUCUCUGCAGCAGGUCAUACAGUCUCAGGCUCCAGUUCAGACCAUCCAGCUCGCAGCGAGCGUCCUGAAGGACGUGCUGCAGUAUUCGUCCCAGCUACCAGAGCUGGCCAGGGAGGUCGGCCUCAACUCCAUCCUCGGCAUCCUAACAUCUCUGCUGGGCCUUAAGACAGAGUGUGAGCUGGCAGCUAUGGAGGGCAUGAUGGCCUGCAUGACCUACUACCCCAGAGCCUGUGGAUCCCUCAAGGACAAACUGGGGGCGUAUUUUCUCUCCAAAAUGGACAGUACAAACAAGAAAACACAAGAGAUGGCCUGUCAAUGUUAUGGUCACCUGCCCUGCCUGGGGGGCCUGUUGGAUAGAGGGGUGGGUGCUGGCAGAGCUGAGGGUUGGACCAAUCAGAUUCACUGCCUACUGGCCUCAGCCAAUGGCCAACUGGCUCAGAUAUACCAGGGUUCCGAAACAGAUGGAACGGUGCAGUACGAAGGUCCAGGAGUGGAGCUGGCAUUUCCCUAUCUUGACCAAUCCGAUCCCCUGCUGUUGCUGCAGCUCCAGCACAGAUACACAGCUGUCUGCCUAGCACUCAAACACACACUCAGGGUGGAUCCAGCCUCAGCUGUCCGUCUGCCUGUCAGACCAAUACUCAACCUAGUGUGCCGAGCCCUCGCUGUCAGCUCCAAAAGCAUAAAUUUAACAGGAGAUGGAAGUGUGAGGCUGCUGGUCUUGCCUAUCAUACACACCAACACACUGGAGGUCUUAUCAUCCCUCAUCACAGCUGUGCGUAGCGGCAUGGUUCAGUAUGCCGCUGUGCUACAGAGGCUGUUUUCUCAAACCCUGUCUGCCUGGACGCCUUUACCCGAAGCCAGUAUGGGACAGCAGAGAGCCUACAGCUCUGUGCGCGUGGCAGUGUACAGAACCUUAGAGCUGUGGCUCCAGGUGGCCGGAACCUCUGCUAGCAUCCUUCAGGGAAGCCCUGGCCACUCAGAGCUCUUGUUUAACCACCUGUUAGGUGACAUCACACCAGGGGCGGAGUCUGUCAAGCUCCGGGCGGGUCUGUCGGCAGAUGUUGUUCCUGGAGGGAAGCCUGGCCCGCGGCGGACAAAAACAUUAGUCAUGGCAGAUGCAGUCGGGCCGUCACUCCAGAGAAAAGGAGACCUUCUGGCGAAUCAGGAUACUUGCCUUUCAGCCCUCAGGGUGCUGAGACAAAUCAUACUGACCAGCGGCACACUGCUGAAGGAUGAUAUACACAAGCGCCUGCACGAUGUGGUGUUGCCACUGUGUGUGCGCUUACAGCAGCAGUCCAGCAGCAACACUACAUGUGAAUCUGCAGGGGGCGUCAGUGGGCAGUACAGCAGUGCUCUCAGCCGACGGGAGCUGUACAGGUUUUUGCUGGCUCUCGUCCUGGUCCCAUCACCCUGUUGGCCCCCACCUCUGACCUGCGCUGUGUCCAUCCUCAGCAACGGACGCAAUGACCGCAACCUCAAGGUGUCUACAUUCUGCAUUGAGGCUCUGACCAUCUGUAACUCCCUGCUUCACCCUCGUACUCCCUCCAUCGCCCUGCCCUUGCCACCACUUGCCCUGAAGCCCACCCCUACCGCUCCAGUGCUCCCCUCCACCCAGGGACCUACCUCUGGUCUCACUUUGCCAACCCUCCUUGGAGGCCCUGCCCCUGGCCCUCCCUUUCCAACCCGCCACACCCUAGGCCUUGGCCCCGCUUCCCUGCUUGGUUCUCUGGAGAACCACCUCUCCCUGGUUCCGGGACUGCCGGGCCAAACCCCGACCCCAGGAGACAUGAUUCUUUCCCCGCAUGCGCACCACCAGCAGGACCCUGCCGGACUGGCCCCUCCGGAGGGGCAGAGACCCGUGUUUGUCCGAUACGACAGAGAGGAAGCGGAUGACGUCGAGAUCUCUCUAGCCAGCGACUCCGACGACAGCGUGGUCAUCGUUCCCCCGGGGAUGCUCAACAUGGAGAACCAGCAGGAUGACACGGCAGGGGCCAACUCUCAGAACAUGGCCUCUGCCGCACAAGGGGGCACCACAGCUGCACUACCAGGAGGCGAGUCGGUCACCAUGGUCCCCACCACAGCGACAGGCGCGACAAUAGACGGGGUCGCGCUCCCCAACGACCUCGCCACCUCCUCCCCCCUGCUCACCACCUCCACCACCCCUAUCAACUCCUUCCCUUCUUCCGGGGCCUCGGUGGUCUCCCUGGUUCCACCUUUGAACUCCAGCGCACUCACAGCGCCACCCGGUGGUCUGGGGGACUCGUUGCCCAGCAGGCCGCAACUCCAACAGAUGCUCUUGCAGCCCUCCGCCCCAGGUCAGCCUGGUCCCAUCGGCCUGCCGCUCCAGAUACACCAGCUGCAGAAUCAGCUGAGCCAGCAGGGACGGCAUCUCCACCCACACCCGCCACCGCCCCCCAGCAACGAAGACUCCGGCGUCAUCAACAUUAACAGCACCGACGAUGAGGAGGAGGAAGAGGAAGACAUGGAGGACGACGAGGAGCUGGAGGAGGAGGAAGAGGAAGGGCUGGAAGAGGAGGAGGAGGAGGAAGUGAGCGAUUUUGCUGAUGAAGAGUUUUACGACGGGGAAGAGUAUGAGGAUUACGAUGAAGAAGAGGGGGAGGAUCUGGAUGAGGAGGAGGAUGAGGAGGAUGGGGACAUACCUCCGCUGGAGGGAGCAGAGGACAAGGCUGGAGAGGAAGGGACGGAGGAGGGGAAGAUGCUCCGAGCAGCAGCAGUGGAAGAAGGAGAGCUGCCCGGCUUCAGUGUGGAGGGAGAAGCAGAGGGAGGGAUAGAGGAAAUCCAGACCAACAGAGCGCUGUUUGCGGAGGACAGGAUGAAGGUGCAGGAGGUGGAGAGCAUCGGAGUCCUGGAGGAGGCGCGAGAGGGGGAGGGCGAGGAGGACGAAAGUGAAAGGAUGGACGACCCCACCAUGCCACAGAUCCUGUGUGUCACCGGAGGAGCAAUGGAGGAGAGAGACGAGGCCGAGGAGGCGGCUGUGGAGGCAGGAAGAGGGGAGGGAGGAGGAGCACUGCAGGAGGAAGCAAACCUGUGGGAGCAAGGAGCCAAUGAGACUGAGCCGAAAGCUGCCUCAGAAGAAUCCACGUCCAAUAAGAGUCUACAGGAGUCGGGAGCUGAACCCGCACAGGAAGCCGUCAUGAGCGAUGACCAGCCAUCGAGUCAGCAGGAGGAACAGCUUGCAGCUGUUCAAGAAGGGGACGUGGCAGCGGCUGAUUCUGAAACCUCAAGAGAUGCGAACAUGAAAGAGCAAGAGGAGACAGACCCUGAGACAAGAGAACAAGUACAAGCAGAGCAGGAUGCCGAAGGAGGAGGAGGAGGAGGCAGGGAGAGCGAUGGAGAGGAGGGGAAAGGAGUGAAGAGGAAGAGAGAGGAGGCGCACAGGGAGGAAGAGGCGGGGCAGAGCACUGAGAAGAAAAAGAUGGAUGAAGACGCCAUGGCCUCCAUGUUGGCUGAUUUCGUUGCCUGUCCACCUGAUGAUGAAGACGGUGCCACCGGAUCGAACCGCUCAUAAAAACAAAACAAAAAAAAUUGCCAACCUGAACCGAUGUGAUUGAACUGACCAUGGAUACAUUAUAUACUGCUACAAUACUGCAUCAUUUUUUUUUUUCUCCAAGGCUUAGUUACCUCAUACAACAUCUCGUCAUUUUUUAAAACAUUUUUUUUUUUACCUUUUCUUUUCCAACUUCAAGCUACAACAUGUGGGGCAUGGGACUAUGGGUCACAUCACCCGCCUUGUAAUUGGCACGAACUAGACUUAACUAAAACAAGCAGUACAUUUUGUAAAGCCCCAAGAACAGCUGACCCCGACCAGAGCUGAGGCUCGAUCAAACACAUCACCUGGAACGUUGUGAUGCCUUUGUUCUCGUUUGUAGUUCAUAGUAUCCUACAGUUCAGACUAUGACGUGGUUUUCUUGGAUUUAUAUGUACCUUUUAUGCUCUGUAUGUUUUGUCAGAACUGCCACAUGUUUUGUUAUAAAAAAAAGUAAAAAAAAAAAAAAA